AUGUCGAGGAGAUCGUCGACCUAUGAGCUGAGCAUCCGCGGCGACGAGCUUGAGCAGGACCGUAUCCAACUCGAGCACAACCUACAACACACCGACCUAUCUCUCCAUCUUUCCUCAACUCCCGCCGACGACUACUCCGACGUCGAGUACCCCCGUCACAACUCUGCGCCAUCCCCCUUCUCUGGUUUUGCAUCCUUUGAGCAGCACUCUCCAGAUGGCUUCGAUCCUGUCGAACACAGCCAGUACAACGCGUGGUCGAUCCGCUCAUUCAACGACGAUAACACCGUCAACCCGUAUGGCGGGGAGACUAUGUCUACCGCUGCUCACCACGCUAGCGCACUGACUUUCAGUGCCGGGCUCGGAGGUAGGGCGACUCGCAGAGCGGAUGUCAGCCUGAGUGGCGCAGAGUACGACCCCGAGCGCCCUCUGCAUGGUAUCAUGGCAAGCAUGAACGGGCACCCUGGCUCUUUCCAAGUUGACACCAUCAAAUCAAAGGCCCCAAUGUCAUUCUCUGCGCAAUUUGACCCUCUUGUCGUUGAAGAUACAGAGGAGCUGGAUCGUGUUCUGCAAUCCGGGCACGCGACACUCCCCGUUCCGUCGCUGCAGUCCUCCACAACCUCAUCGGCCUCUGCCUCCGACCCUGACUCUCCGAGGCCCCAGUCUCCCUCUGUCAGACCCAAGCUAUCUGAUGCACUUGACGCUAUCACAUUCUCUCCGAAGCGGCCACGCAGUGCUCAAUCACAGCUCCCACGCGUUUCGGGACGCUCGUCGUCCUUCUCCGCGAUGCGCUUGCAAGAGGCUGCUCGUCAGCCGUCUCCGCCGAUUGCUGACCGCGAUCUGCCGCCUUCAUCUCGUGCGCGCCGCCCAACACAGUCGCCUCGCUACGAACAGCAUCACCAACAAUCUCUCUCCUACGCCCAACCUGAUCCCGAAGUAAAGGUCCACCCCGCGACGCCGUCUAGCGUGAACAGCUCCAAGUUCACCAAGCUUGCACGCGGACUUGCCCAAGAGAUUGAGGCGGAGCAGGGCCAGCGGAACAGCGCACGUCAGGGUCGUGGACCGAACGGGGCUCCGAUUGCGCAGAGCACGGUGCGUGGUCCUCGGGUGGCAUUGAUUGCCAAAGAGAGAAACCCGUUCAAGGAUGUCGCGAAUCAGGUACCCGCAUCAGCUCUCAAGUUUGCGAAACCAAAGACACCGUUCAAGAACAGGGUACACCUUCCAGACGUGACAGGCCUGACUAGCGCUGUCCUAUCCCCUGCCAGAGCCCGCUUGGACUACCAGAGAUAUGAUAGGAAGGAAGAUGGUGAGGUCGAAGCCAGGCUAUUCGCCACUCUGAAUGCAGUCCAGUCCAAGCUCGCGUUCCUCGAAGGCGAGAACAGUGCAUCUCGCCGACGUGUGCAUGAGUUGGAGCUUGAAUUGGAAGCGUGCAAACAAGAGGUGGCGAGGGAACGCACGAAAGUGGAGGAGCGCGAGGGGCUCGUGGCACAGCACGCAGCUGUUGUUCUGGAGAGGGAGAGGGAGAGGCUGGCCAACCUGGACCGCCAAGCCAAGGCCAAGGCCAGGGCCCAGCGAAGAGACGUGGAAGUGGACGCUGGUCAACGCAGUAUCAACGAAAGCAAAUACAAAGAGGCCGUAGAGGAGAAGAAGGCUCUCGAGGCCCUGAUCUCUACCCUUCGCAAUCAUCUGGCCCGGCUGACCAGUGAACUCUCUGAUCAUCAGCGUCUCCUGGCAGAACUGCGCUCUCUUCGCGAUUCAGACGUCAAGGCAUUGGCGCAGAAAGGCAAGGACAUCGACAGCUUGCGACACGAAGUCGAGCGAUUAGCGGGGGAAGUGGAAGUCCUCAAAGGUGUCAUUGAGGAAGGCCUCCGGGAACGACGUCAUGCGAGGGAAGUCUCCGCCCGUAAUGACAUGGAAAACACGAUCGACGAGAAGACCGAAGACGUGACAGACAGCGAGGAGGACGGCGACAUGCCGAACCGGUCGGUCCACCAAGUCCAGGUACUGGAAUCGUCAGAAUUCAGCGAAUCCGAAGACGAAGACGAAGCCGAAUCCCACGUCUCCACUGCAGCAGGCCGCGGUUCGCCUGCUCAACCUUCCGUUCAACCUGUUGGUAUUGCCGACAAGACUCUGAGGACGGACCAUGCAACGGUCGGGUCUUCAAUACAAGCCGAUGACCUCACUGCGAGGCCGUUCGUCGAUGUUGACGAGGUUGAUCGUAUCUCCACCGACCUCCAGGACCGCCGCUCAGAGCGUUCUACCUCAAUGGCCGCGUAUCGAUCCGUAAACCAGUCCUUCCUAGACUCACGGGUACUCUCGCGCUCGAUCUCGCCAACCGCUUCGCUGCGCUCGUCGAGAACGAGCAGCAUCGCAUCGACUUCGAGGCAAAGCAGUCCUGUAGAUGAUGAAGAGGAGCCUGCGGUACCAACGUCUUCGCGAGGGCCCCCAACGACAGCGGCUGACACCCGGCAACGAUUACCCUCUCCGGUGCCAGAGCCUCCGGCGAUUCGACCUAGCGUACCCACUCCGGCGCAUGCCCUGCGACAGGUCCGCAUGAAGCAGCCAGAAAUGGCGUCGCACUCCCAACGACAGCCAGAAGUGCCCCCUGAGACGCCAUUCCCCAAUAUCCGUGGAGAGCGUCUCGAGCGACUAUUCUUCUCAGCGCCGGAACACAAUGCUCAGACUUGCACGGUGUGUCACCGUCGCAUGAAACGGCAGGGCUCCAAGACCGCUGUUGACGAUCAUAGGCCCUUCUGGUCAGUGGGACCUGGUACUGGACGCGAGCGGCCAGAGGACGACGACGAAGGCUUCGCCGAAGGCUCUGAUGAGGAUGUUCGUCCUGGCUUCACGCGUGAGGAGAAGGGCAAGGAACGAGAGGCUGACAAGCUUCCUCCCCAAACGGUCCUCUCACGAGUCAUCCGAGAACUCGAGGAUGACUUUACUCAUUUCAAGAGUGUCUACGUUGAAUUGGCCGACCAGUACAAGCUCAUGGAUGCUGCGUCCAAUGUGGCCAAGCGCAAUGUAGUCGCAGGACAUCUACGCGAAGUCAUCGACAUCCUAGAACAGAAGGUGCGUUAG